UUUCUCAUUUCAAAAUACAGGGUGGAGAAACUCAUAAGAAAAUUCAUAGAUUGAAAGCAAAGAGGGAUGAGGGAGGAGAAGUAGACCCUGUGUACAAAAAGUUAUCAGCAAUAAAUGGAGAGAUUAAUCGCAUGUCGGUGAAGGAACUACAGGACAAGUUAGCUGAAUUAAAACUUGAUGCAAGAGGUUCCAAAGACAUAUUACAAAAAAGACUGAAAAUGCAUUUCAAGCAGAGGAAAUUGAUGAAAGCUAAAAUUAAGCCUCCAGUGGAAUGUACAUAUGAUUAUGUAAUUGUCAUCGACUUCGAAGCUACAUGCCAAGAGAACAACUACAAUUACACCCAUGAGAUAAUUGAAUUCCCAGCAGUUUUAGUAGACUGCCACACCAGAGAAAUAGUUGAUGAAUUUCAUGAAUACUGUAAACCUGUUCUUAACCCACGACUAACAGAAUUCUGCAGUAGUCUUACUGGAAUUUCACAG